UGCUUUAAAUUUAUUGAAAACUAGCCAACUAUUACAUAUUUAUUUAUUAACUUUAACAUUAAUUUCAUUUAAUGAUACUUUCUAAAUUUGAAGCAAUACUAUAUACAAUAAUUCUAAUUAGAGUGAUAACUUGAUCUAUAUAAAAAUGAGGAAAAUAAGGAUAUAAUUUGGAUAGUUUCUAUCUAAAAAAAAUAUUUGAAAUGCGAAAAAUUCCAGUGACUUUUAGUACAUUCACAUUGCCCGCGCCGCGAAUGAUAAUUUCAAUGACAAGCUAUUUUUGUAAUAAGAGAUGGUGUCCAAUGAUAGUGAUGCGAGCCGUUUACAUAAUAUCGAUUUGAUGAUCUAGCAGCCGUUACCUCGGCUUUCAGUAUAGUCGAGCGCAGUGAGUAAGUCGGUACACUUGGAAACGUCAGUCAACAGAAUCGCCUAUAAGUCGGAAAAUCAUAAUACAUAAGUUCAGAAAAUAAUUUCAGAAACAAAUAUUCAAGCGUUUUAAGACACAUUAUCGUUUGUGAACGCCAUAUUCGCGCGACGUCUUGGCAAAAUACAUUCUUCUACAAACUCAGAUGCAAAUUUUCGAGGAGAAAAGAAAUCUCAAUAGAAUCUGAGAAAAAAUAUAACGUUUUUAAUAAAAUUAGUUUAAAUGAUAUUAAUAUUAUUAUUUUGACAAAGGAUUUUUUUUAAUUCAUAAAAAUGACCAAAUGGUACAAAAAGACUAAAUGCGAUGAUUACUUUAAACGAAGAUUGCCAGUUCUCAGUUGGCUGCCGCGAUAUCAAUGCACAUGGAUUUUGCAAGAUGCAUUGGCCGGUAUCACAGUCGGUCUUACCGCCGUACCGCAGGGCAUUGCUUACGGAAUCGUCGCCGGUUUAAAUGCUGAGUAUGGACUGUAUGCAGCAUUUAUGGCAUCAUUUAUAUAUGUUAUUUUUGGUUCUUGCGAAAACAUUACUAUUGGUCCAACAGCCAUUAUGGCUACCAUGGUUCAACCGUUAGUUGAAAAAUAUGGUGCUGACAUUGCUAUAUUAAUCACAUUUCUAAAAGGAUGUAUUAUUGCGCUUUUAGGAAUUUAUCAUUUAGGGUUUCUAUUAGACUUCGUAUCACUUCCAGUGAUCACUGGAUUUACUUCAGCCGCGGCAAUCAAUAUAGCAUCCUCACAAUUUAAGUCACUUCUCGGCAUUCCUGGUAGAACUGAGAAUUUUUUGGAUUCUUUGAUAGCAAUUUUCAAACACCUCAAUCAGAUUCGAUAUCAAGAUACUUUGCUGGGCAUUGGGACAAUCAUUUUGUUAGUUUUGCUGAAGAACAUACCAGGACGGCGUACAGGAACAAUUUUGCAAAAAAUAGGAUGGUUUUUUACUUUGUCUCGCAAUGCAUUGGUCGUAAUUAUAGGCACCGUUAUGGCUUACAUUUUUUACAUUAACAAACAAAAUCCUUUUAAUUUAACAGGUUCGAUGGGUCAGGGUUUACCACCGUUUGCGCCUCCACCAUUUUCUACAACAUUUCAAAAUCGUACAUACGAUUUUUUGGAAAUGACCACCGCAAUACGAACAACACUUUUUACGAUUCCGAUCGUAUCGACUAUCGAGCACAUAGCCAUCGCAAAAGCCUUUGGAAAAGGCAAACCCCUAGACGUCACGCAGGAAAUGAUCGCCUUAGGAGUUUGUAAUAUUUUCGGAUCGUUCGUUCGUUCAAUGCCAGUUACAGGAUCUUUCACACGAACGGCCGUCAAUCAUGCAUCGGGCGUCAAAACCCCGUUGGGGGGAAUAUUUACAGGCAGUCUGGUGUUGCUCGCAGUUAGUUUAUUGACUUCUACUUUUCGUUUUAUACCAAAGGCGACGCUGGCCGGCCUUAUCAUAUGUGCUAUGUAUUACAUGCUUGAUUUUUCCACAUACGCUUUACUAUGGCGUGCCAGAAAGAUUGAUUUCUUUGUGAUGGUGCUGACAUUAGUUCCAUGCGUUUUUCUUGGCUUGGAGUAUGGUAUUUUAAUCGGCAUUGUUGUCAAUCUUAUAACUUUACUAUAUUACUCAGCGCGACCUUCCAUUGAGAUGAAAAUUGAACAGAUGGAGGGGGAAACCGUAAUAAUUGUCAUACCUGAAGAAGCAGUAGCUUUUCCAGCGGCAGAAAGACUGCGCGCUAAUAUAAUGAGGCUUUCCGGAGAGAGCGAAUGCAAUGUGAUACUUGAUUGUAAGAACCUGAAGAGGAUUGAUGUUACGGUCGCUAAGAAUAUCAAGCUUCUAGCAAAGGACCUUUCGGUACGUGGCCAAAGCAUUGUUUGCAAUAAUUGCUGCGAAAAUGUAGAUGCCAUCCUGAAGAUUGUAGCGCCGGAACUAUUAAAUGUCAAGGGAAAUAGAGCUAACCAUGACUAAAGCAGAGACAGCUGUAUAAACGAUACACGACUCUUACAAAUAUGGGUAUAUGAUUGCGUGGGUUUAAGCGUCACAUAAAGAGACUAAUAAAUAAUAUAAAUUUGUAGAUCAGUCAUGAAAGUUCGCAGGAUGCCUCUUAGAGUCUGCAGUGUGAUAGAUUUAUUUUUAUGUGCACUAUUUAUAUUUAUUAAAACAAAACAGAUUCAAUGCAUGGAUUGAACCCCGAAGAACGUAAAACAAUAAGAUCGUAAAAAAGUUUAAGAUGUAUGCAUGUAUGUGGUAAAUACAUAAUAUUAUUUUCAUUUUUUAUAUUAGAAUUUAAUCUUUAUUAUUAAGAUAAUAAAAAAUUUUUAAACUUUUGAUAGUAAUUAUUUAUUAUCUUAAUUUAAUCAUUAAAAUUGUAUAUUUUUUAACAAAAA